AUGGCUAUGAAUACCACUUUAGUGUAUUUCGGAUUAACUAUUUGGAUUUGCGGUUGUUUCUGCGUUCCUUUUACGAAGGAGUAUGGACAAUUUAGAAAACAUUCUGGUUAUGUGAGAAGUUUUAAAUGCAGUAUUCCUAAGCCGCGAUUGGUCAAAUCCUCAACCAUAUUAAAGGAUGAAACAAAUGUAAACAUAUCACCAGAAUACGCAGUUUUGUAUGAAUGCAAUUGUAACGGAAGUUGUGAAUCCGGCGAGAUGUGCAGACCAACAGAAACUAAGAAUGUAACAUUGUAUUUUAGAUUACUUUUUAACAAUAAUACAAUGACAUAUAUCAGCAGAGAUGCUCGUAAUGCAACUGCAUGUGGUUGUGAUAAAGUUGUAGAAAAUGGAGUUAAUAUACAACCCGACUGCCAAAUGGAUAUUUUGUGA